UCGCGAUGCCCUGAUCGUCAUUCCCGCGCGUAGACGCAAAGUCGUGGUGCCCGGCGUCGAGCAGUCAACCCUAACACUCCUUCAGCUGCGAGUCACGUGAGCGCCGCCGAGACCGAGUCUUUGCCGAGGACAACCGCCGGCAUCCCGAUUCACCGGGGGACGCACAGGACGCGACCCGUCGCUUUUCCAGCAACAGAUUAAGCGAGAAUGUUCAGGAUGAGAUCGAAAACUAGCCUGUUGACGUCCAGCGUCGCUUUCGUCUGUGUCGUCAGCGUCGUCAGCAAACCAGCCGCGGCGAUGGACGAGACGCCAGCGUCUUCUUUGAAUCUCCAACACUAUAACUCGCUGGACUCGAUUGGCUACGACGAUCCUAUGCCAGCAAAGAGGGCGUACACUUACGUCUCCGAGUACAAGAGGCUACCAGUCUAUAACUUCGGCAUCGGGAAACGUUGGAACGAUAACGGCGACGAUAAGAGAGGCCGCCAGUACUCGUUCGGCCUGGGAAAACGCACGAGACAGUACAGCUUCGGUUUGGGCAAACGCAACGAUAACCCGGACUAUCCUCUCAGGAUGAACUUGAACUACAUACCGGUCGACUCAGUUUUCCGCUCGCAGAAGAACCUGGACGACGUGAUCCCGGAGAAACGGGCGGUGCAGCCGUACUCGUUCGGGCUCGGUAAGAGGGCGGUUUACGUGCCGGCGUCCGGCGAAGCCUCCGGCAAAGGGAACAGGCCCAGCGAUCUCUUCAGCCAGAGAUACGACUUCGGGCUUGGCAAGAGGAUGUUCGAGGACGACGAGGACACGCUGGAAUAGGACCUCGUCGAGCUGGCUUCGCCGGGGAUAAAGAGGAUAGAGCGGGGCCCCGGCGAAGUAGCCCGCGCACACGGCGUAGCUCUAUUUCGAUGUCGCAGAGUUUUGUUCUCAGACGAAAUAUAACGAUCACGCAACAAUAAAGACACGUUUACAAGUU